AUGGUUUUCUCUCUUUGCAUGUUCUCAUUCGCUCUCUUUUUCUUUCUCCCUGGAUUGAGCCUCGUAUUCUUUUCACAAUGUAUAUUUACGCGUCGAAACCUUGCGAGCAUUGUUGUGCUCGUAUCUUUUGGCUUUCUGGGAGGUGUUGAAGCUGUGACUGGCAUUUUGGGAGCAUCGACUGGAAGCAUGAUUUCAAGCGCCGUCCUGGACGGGUUUUCUGGAAUGACUACUAUCGUGCUCCUCGUUGGUAGUAUCAACAAGAUUAACCAGAAUCGUGAAUCGUCUAUCAUUCCGAACGCCAAUUUAGGAGUAUAUGCGGUUUCUAUGAGUCUGCUCGUUAUAGGCGCAAGUAACGAGGACCUUCCAGGCCCUACGGAAGAUGUUCAAAUCCCAGAGGCUAAUCCACCUUCUCCAGCUUCUAACCGCACAUUGACGACUGAUGCCUACCUUGAUCACCCUACUCCAAGGACCAAGGAAUGCACCUCCUUAAAUUCAUCCUCAGCACAAAUCUAUUCCAUCCAGUUGAAUACCGAAACGGAAACACAUGUCGGGUCUAAUAAGAAGAUGCUCAGUGCUCGACCUGCUACGUCCCCGAUGUCUUGUCGAGAGAAGAAGACCAGGCUCAGGCCUACCUCCUUGGAUGUCUCUCGACAGAUGGAAACAAACGUUGACUCGCCACAGAUCUCAGGAUGCGUACUACCACCGAGAACACGUUCGUCCAACUGGCACCGGCAGCAUCAGCCUCCGAAGUCGGAUUUUCCUCCCAAGAGAGUCAUGUCCCAAUCAGUCUUGUCCAUAGCACACGGGAUCUGGAUUUUCCUCAUCGCUGCUCAACUAGCGGCGUUGCUAGCUGAAAGCCUCGGAAUAUGCAUACAGGUUGUGCUUUCCGGAAUCGAGGAUUCUGGACCCAAACAGGAACCGUUUGGGAUAGUCAUGGCGGUGAUAUUUCAGAACCUGUUCUUUGUGGUACAGGCAGGAUGUAUAAUGUGUGCCUUGAAUUCAUAUACCCACUUUUCACGUUCGGCAAGAGAUGAGCCUUUCCCGGGAUCUCAUGGCUCGGACGCCAAUUCUCCCCAUACUUCGACAAACCGCCUCCAAAUUUUGAUCAAUAAUUCAAAUUCCUCGGGACCUCUCACAGAUAACGCGCUGCGUACAGGCUCAGCUUUCCUAACUUCAUUUCCUCCUUCACCAUUUUGCGAACAACAUGAAGAGAAUAUUAGGCUAGAUGAGGACGUCGAGAAGUGCUUGCGUGCAUUGAACGGGAACACCAACCUAGAAGCAUUGGACCUAGCAUUUCCUUUGACGCAGACUACCUACAGUGUUCUGGAACAAACCGCUUUGCCCCUGAGGCCAACCAGAACUUUGGUCCACGAUAGGCAGGAGCUUUGCCAGUCGUUGUCUGUCAGCGUACACAGUGGGACUGACGUGCACUAUACUCAGGUGGCGUCGUCAACUGUAUUUAUAAAUGACUUCAACUCGCUUUCUCACUCUUUGAAUGCCUUGGAAUUCGGCUCGCCACCGCGAUCGGUAUCGUUUGUAAUGGCGGAGGCGGAGGCGUCUAAGACAGCAGACAAGUUAAAAUCAACUGUCAUCUUUCCCAUUCAACAGUCUCAGCUAUCCAUUCCGUUUGACGACAAACAAAUACUAAAUGAUCUCGGGAAACCAGCAUCACUCACAUAUAGACCGGUUUCUGGUCAACUGCAAUCUAGUCCCUCAAGGUCGAAGAAGGACAGUUUCGGGAGCAAAAGUAGCAGGAGCUUAAAGCACAGCCGUCUUCCGUCUAUCCUAUCGCUCUCGUCGCUCUCGUCAUCCCUUGCCAAAUCGAGAUUGCGUAGUUUCUCUUUGACUGGAAAGAAUAAGUGGACAAAUUCUCCAGCCACAGCAUCAAUGAUGGAUUUGGAUUCAGAAAACCAACAUGAUCCAUCUACUGUGUCUCUGUCGCGCUCAUCCUCGUUCUGUUCUCCAAGACCGAAAAGGAGAGCAUUUCUUAGCGGGGAGAUGGAGGUAAAACACUCUGCCGAUGACACUCAAGUACAAUUGUAUGACCUGGGCGAAAAACGGAAUCAGGAUGAGUCUCAGGGGCCGAACGUAGACGUUUUCAGUUCAGAGCACCACCGUGACGAAUCACGAAUGCGUCGUCCAGAUGCCCUAUUUCCAGAUAACAGGACUUUGUCGCCUGUUCCAUUCGCGUCGUACAUAUCGGAGAACACAUCUCACAUAGACGAAAGCACCCGUCCCGCCAGUCGAUGUAGCGAAGACCAAAGACCACCUCUUCGUCCCACACGUUCGUCCACUUUCCACAUUUUUCCCAACUUCGAUGCAUUGGUCGGUUUGGGCUCGCUUGGUGCGAAACUAGGCCGCGGACUGAGCGGAGGACGAUCACCAUCGCCGAUGCCGACGAGAAUGCUCAGUACCGGUGCAGGCGAAGGGAUGAUUGGUAUGCGCUCUCCGACGCCUUGGAGGAUGGCCGGAAUCAUGGAGAUGACGAAGGCUGCGGUGAGUGGUGCCGCAGGAGUAAUGAGGCCUCCUAGCGGUCUAGGUAUGGAUUUGCUUCGGACGAAGGAUCCGUUGGGUGCGAAUGGGGAGGUGAUGGCAGUGGAACGGAUCGAAUCUCAUGGAGACGAAAAUAUUGUCAAAAGCAAGCAAACAAGGAACGGUGGACGUGGGUGGAUCUGUGUAGAAUCGGAAGAUGAGGAACAAUACGCAUCUGAUGCCGAUGUUAAUCUCUGUGAGAUCAGGACACCAAAGAAACUCAGUAGGCCAGCGGAAGAAGACCGAUGGACAAGCCCUUCGAGGAUCCCGAGAUUGAAGACAACGGUUCUACAUAGUCCUGAGUCGUUGAAGUCAAACUCUUCUUCAGAGAUAUCAGCUUCGUUUGGUCUGCAAACGCCUCGCACUCCGUUCACACCAAACACCCCGAUAUCUUCUUUCCGCAAACUCAUCCACUCUGAAUCACCUCAGUCUUUACCCGAAACUGUGUCUAUAUCGUUGAAUCCUUACGACGCCUUUCGCUCUUCCCCCCUUUCGACCAAAAAUAAGCCAGCUUUCUCCCCACCACCGAGUUCAUUCAGCAGUUCUCGUUUUGGUUCCAAGAAAGCCCCACAUUUUGGUGGGCCAGUCGAAGUGUUCAGCAAUGAUCCAGAUCCUUUUGCUGGUCCCGAGCUAGGUGCUAUUGUCCGAGACUCACAAGUUAACCUUUUACGAGAAGACGCGGACAAAGAUGGAUAUGGAGUGCAAAGCGCUACAAGGAUGUCCGCAUGGGGCAACCUAACUUUAUCUGUACCGAAAGAAAAAAGGAAUCCAGGUGUUGGGCUGAGAAGGCCUGUGGGGGACAUUAGAAACGUCUCUAAGCGCAAUGUCGCUGCCUCUACUCCCCCCUUCGACAGGUCCAUCGAUACAAGCGACAACCAGACUGGUAGUGUACAUGCUGAGACUGAUCAUUCCCUCGAUUCACCAUCAGCAUAUGCACAGGAGAUAGUCACUCAGGCACGCUUAGAGGCCAUGUCACUGAGUGGGCCGUCAGCUGUUGAGGAUAUGAAGCAAAGAGAGGUUGGGGACCGGGUCAGUCAUGGGUCCGUUUCUCAGGUCCCUGUCGAAGAAGCACUCCUGGCCCAAAGGCUUCUACGAAAACUUAAUCGACGGGCCGAGGGUCGGAAGGCCGUGGGCGGAAAGCAGAGAGGAGCCCAAGUUAAGAAUUUAAGUGGGCCAGGAGCCAGUCUUGACGUCACAGCCAAUAGCGGAGGAAGGAGUUUCUUGCUAGGCAUGGCUAAAACCAAGUUUCUGGGUUAUGGACGGUCUACUGAACCUGAGCACUAG